AUGUGGGCGCUCCAGGUCCAGUUCCUCCUCCAGAUCAUCGUCAACCGAUGCGCCAUCCUCAUGACGGACCCCAACCGGGCCUCGCGCCUGAAAUGGGGCAUCGCCGCCCUCAUCACCCUCGUCAACAUAUCCGUCUACUGCAUCUGGAUCCCCGCGCGCCUGCAGAUCUCGGAGCGCUACGUCCACAUCAACGAGUGGUGGGACCGCUGCGAGAAGGGCAUCUACCUCGUCGUCGACGCCAUGCUCAACUUUUACUUUAUCCACAUUGUCAAGAAGAACCUCAUCAUGCACGGCCUCACCAAGUACCGCUCCCUCGUCCGCUUCAACAUGUUCAUCGUUGGCUUCUCCCUGAGCAUGGACGUCUUUAUCAUUGGCAUGAUGAGCCUUGGCAACUCGUUUGUGUACAUGCAAGUGCACCCCCUAGCGUACAUCGUCAAGCUCAACAUUGAAAUGUCCAUGGCCGAUCUCAUCGGCAAGAUUGCGCGCAACCGCAACUGCGGCGUCAUCGCCGAGGGCACCUUUACCGAAUCGCUCGACUCGAGCGGCGGCGGCGUCCGGACGGCCUCGAGCAUGACCGACGACGUCGAGGCCGACCUCGACCAGACCUACCGGCGACGCGUGCGCGUCAGCACGCCGCACGGACAGCAGCAGCAGCAGCAGAACGGCGUCACGCUCGAGCUGACGGACAUUGUGGCCGCCGCGGCCGGGCAGUUGCCGCCGCUGUCGCCGGGGGAGGCGGGCAACAGGAUGUUCUCGUUCAACUCGAGGACGGGCAUGUUGUACGAGGUGCCGCCUGCGCCGCGGGAGACGUACGUCGCGUUUGGCCUGGGCCGGGACGGCGAGACGAGGUCGGCGGCGGGCGCGUAUAGCCUGCAGGUUGUCGAGGAGGAGGGCAAGGGGCAGGUCAGGGGCGGCUUGCGCGGCAACAUCUCUGCUUCUGCUGCGGCGCAGACUUGGCAGACGAUGAACGAGGAUGAGGAGUCGUCAUCUCUGCCAGACUCGGCGAGUGCGUAA